AUGAACCGUCGAAAAGUCUUAGGCUUAAAGCGUUACGCCAAAACUAUUGGCAAUGGCCUGCUUUCUAAACUCAGAUCUGCUGGUCCUCGGGUGAACCCAGCCUCUCCUUCUUCGUACCAGCCUUCGAUCCUAUCCGAUCCUCCCCCUUUUUCAAUUCCCCCUGGGUGCAUUAAGGAUGGUAAAAAACUCGAUUUCCCCAGUACUCGAGACCCAACGUCAUCAAACGGAUUCUCAUCGUACCUUGGCCUAAGGGCGACGCCCAAUUCCUCAAAUUCUACUUUAAACCAUGCAGAAACUAGAAUCAAUAUUCCUGGUGGACGGAAUUCAAGUAUUCCUGCCCUUGGGUGGGGGAAACUCGAAGUUGGCGACAUAGUCUUUACCCGGGAUGUUGCGGGGUCUGGAGAUGGCAUGGAUGAUAUGUUUGAGGUAUAUGUUGGAGAGAUAGAUGAAGAGAGUGAAGAGGGGAAGUUAAUCAAGAAUCUUCGAGAUGAAACGCUUGGUCCUGAAGCCGAACGUUGCACAAAUGGCUGUACUGCAUUUGAGAAAUGCAGUAAACGUGCCAAUCCUGUGGGCGGUUCAGGCCACUGCUACAGCUGCGGCAUAAGUCACCAAAAGCCCAGGAACUUGGUAACGCCUUCUGUUGGGGGCAAGAUACGGGGAAGUCUCAGCACUGAAGAGGAGGAGCAUAUCCAAAUGCGGCGCAAUCUUGUGACGACAACCAUUAAACUUGCCGUGAAUAUGUUCCGACGUAUACUACAACAGAAUACAAAAAUUCUAGAAGAUGCCUGCGAGCUCAAUAAUGUACCGCGGAUUGGCACGGAUGACAAUGCUCUCUAUCAGGGCUUACAGCUUAAUGUUUCGCAACCUGUACAUGGUGAUGGACUAAUUAUCAACUGCAUCAAGGCUCUUGCCUUUUUUGGUGGCAAACACUUUGACCGACACGACUCUGCAGGUGGUUGGACUACGAUGUUUGCUUAUCCCGAUAUACCAACGGGAGAAGGAUGGAGGGAGGGAGAUUUCAUCUGGUCGAGGCUUCGUCUUCAUGGUGGUACGCCUCCAUUAGCGCCUGUUGGAGUUCCGAUUCCUCCUUCCGCCUACCGAUGGGUAGUUGUACUUUAUCCUCAAGGUGCUAUUCUUGAUGGCCGAGUAACAAUGAAUAUUGCUGCGGGUCCCAACGGAGUGCCAAUCCAGUUGACGCCAGAAAUGACAAAUGCAACUGUCCAUGUACCAUCAACUGAAGACACUGACGGGUUGAUGGCUGAAGAGGAUGAGGAAGAGCCAGAUUUGCUUCAUGCUUCGCCCAAAGAGCUAAACUUCCUAGAUGAUGGAAAAGUUAUCAUGACUCCUCAAGCUGAAAUAGAUUUUCUCGCCCGAGCUUUCUUCCUGCACACAUUAUAUCAUCAGAGGCAGAUCAUGGGUGGAAAUGUAUUGAAAUAUGAUCAUUAUCGUCAAGGCUGGUCUAUGCAGCGGGAUGGUAUAACAUUCUCUGCUGGUCCUUGGUCUUUGGCACCAGAUGAUUCCUCACCCCGUCAAGCUGCCAGAGAACGGUGGUAUCAACACUGUAACAAGAGGCUUGAAGCGAUAUCCUCUACUUUCCGUAACUUCAAAGCUCCUCCCAUCCAAUUACCGGUGCCUCAAACUUUUAAAAAACGGUCUCGGACAGCACGCGCAGCUGCUGCACAAGCUGCUGCUCACAAGCGAAAGGUAGUAUAUCAGCUGAAGGCCCGAUCAAAGAACCGAAAAAUCGAAAUCGAAAUCAACAGCGUUGCAGCAAUAGCUCAGGAAUGCCAAGUAGCCGAAGAAGAGCAGGAGGAGGACCAGGUAUACGAACUUCGAAAUAUUAUAUCACACCGCAUUUGCACUAAGGCUUGCUGUAACUACGAAUACUAUGUUGAGUGGGCUGACAAGAAACCUGGAACAAAAGAAUGGAUACACGAAAGCCAGAUUGAUAUGGGAGAUAUGUACACCGCUUAUCGGCUUAAUGCAUUCACGCAAACGGUAGAUGUAAAUAUGGGUUCAAUUGAUGACAAUGAGCAGCCUCGUAACAAUCGCAACGGCGAACCGCCAAAUGAAGAGAAUCGUUCAAGCGAUCCCUCGCCUUUUCAUACUAAAAGCACUGGCAAGCCAUCUUGUUCCAUUCCUCUUCAAUGA